AUGAAAACAUGAAUAUUUUGCGAAGUAUCCAUUAAUCAAAAUGCGUAGUUUGUACCGAAUGCUAUAUUGUUCGGGUGCGUUACUGGAAAUCGCCGAACGCACGAAUGACGAGUGCGUCCGAGGAUGCCCGACCAUUUCGAACAAACCAAAAUAAACUUUCUACCAAAAAUUUUGAGAAAAAUUUUCACGAACCGAAAUGGAAAUGGCUAACGCAAUUGGAGGCACAAGCGGAGCGCCGAGAACAGCGAGGGGGAUUAUGGAAGGUGUCGGCGCACGAGUAAUUAGGGGGCCAGAUUGGAAAUGGGGCAAACAGGACGGCGGCGAGGGGCACGUCGGUACGGUACGCAAUUUUGAAUCUCCGGACGAGGUGGUUGUAGUGUGGGACAACGGUACGGCAGCAAACUAUCGCUGUUCGGGCCAGUACGAUCUGCGAAUCCUUGACAGCGCACCGACAGGUGUUAAGCACGAGGGCACGAUGUGUGAUACAUGUCGACAGCAGCCAAUUUUCGGCAUACGAUGGAAAUGUGCCGAAUGCAACAAUUACGAUUUAUGCUCGAUUUGUUACCAUGGCGAUAAACAUCAUUUAAGGCAUCGCUUUUAUAGAAUUACAACACCUGGCAGCGAGCGGGUCUUUCUUGAAACAAGACGAAAGAGUAAGAAGAUUGCCGUACGUGGAAUAUUUCCCGGAGCUCGGGUUGUUAGAGGCGUCGAUUGGCAGUGGGAAGAUCAAGACGGCGGUAACGGUAGGCGAGGCAAAGUGCAAGAGAUUCAAGACUGGUCGGCUGCCAGUCCCAGAUCUGCGGCGUACGUAGUCUGGGAUAAUGCGUCCAAGAACCUGUAUCGCGUCGGUUUUGAAGGAAUGGCAGAUUUAAAGGUGGUUAACGACGCAAAAGGACAGACUGUUUACCGUGAUCAUUUACCUUGCCUGGGCGAACACGGGGCUGGAAGAUCCGGUCCACCUGGUUUGAAAAUCGGUGACCAAGUAAACGUCGAUCUGGAUCUGGAAAUUGUGCAGUCUCUACAGCACGGUCACGGCGGUUGGACCGACGGAAUGGUUGAAUGUCUGAGUAACACGGGAGCGGUUGUCGGUAUUGAUGAGGAUCAUGACAUUGUCGUCGCUUACAGUAGCGGAAAUCGUUGGACUUUUAAUCCUGCAGUGCUAACAAAAGUGGCCACACCUUCGUCGACUGAAGGUUUCAAUGAGACGCCACAGCAGCAGUUUGCCGUUGGCGACGUCGUGCAAAUCUGUUCUGAAUUGGAACGCAUCAAAAUGUUACAACGAGGCCACGGGGAAUGGGCGGAUGGAAUGGCUCCUACUCUAGGCAAAAUUGGACAUAUUCAGCAAAUAUACAAUGACAACGACUUAAAGGUGGAAGUUUGCAAUACGACCUGGACGUACAAUCCGCUGGCAGUGACAAAAGUUGCCAGCAAAGAUGGGACGAUGCACGGAACGACAAGUGGCGAACGACUUAGUGCGCUACUCAAGAAGCUGUUUGAAACUCACGUCUCGGGUGACGUAAACGAGGAACUGGUGAAGUCCGCCGCCAACGGCGACUCACAGAAGGUUGACGAAGUUCUCAAGCAGAGCAAUACCGCCGGUGCGGGUAUAGGCCCCGAUGUCAACGGCGUCUUUGCCGGUCACACCGCCUUACAAGCUGCCAGUCAGAACGGACACUUGGAAGUUAUUACUGUGCUAUUGCGUUAUAGCGCCGACGUUGAAAUUGAGGAUAAAGAUGGCGAUCGUGCCGUACAUCAUGCCGCUUUCGGAGAUGAACCCUCUGUUAUGCAAUUGUUAGCUCACGCUGGUGCCGAUUUAAACGCUCGGAAUAAGAGAAGACAAACAGCUCUGCAUAUUGGAGUCAAUAAGGGACAUAUCGGUGUCGUGAAAAUGCUUCUGGACCUCGGAUGCCACCCCAGCUUACAGGUUAGUGCCGAAUUUUUACCUUUGAGUUUUUGUCAUGAGCAUCUCAUAAAGAUUCAGGUAUAACACCACCAAAUCCUA